AUGACCAUAAUGGCCGCAUUCAACUUGAGCAGCUUCAAUCCAGGCCCCUUUAUCCUACUGGGAAUCCCAGGACUGGAGCAGUUCCACAUCUGGAUCGGGAUUCCCUUGUUUAUUUUCUACCUAGUGGCCCUUGUAGGCAAUAGCGUUCUUCUCUACCUUAUUUUCAUGGAGCGCAGCCUCCACGAGCCCAUGUUCUUUUUCCUCUCCAUGUUGGCUGCUACAGAUCUCAUUCUGUCUAAUACAUCUGUACCAAAAACAUUCAGUAUCUUCUGGUUGGGUAGCCAGGAGAUCACAUUUCCUGGAUGUCUUACUCAAAUGUUUUUUCUCCACUCCAGCUUUGCUAUGGAUUCUGCUAUACUGCUGGCCAUGGCAUUUGAUCGCUAUGUUGCUAUUUGCUUCCCCCUAAGAUAUACCUCUAUUCUCACAUGUCAGAUUAUUAUGAAGAUUAUGAUGGGUAUAAUCAGCAGGAGCUUUUGUAUCAUCUUCCCAUGUGUGUUCCUAUUAAAGCGACUACCAUUCUGCAGAACACUUAUCAUUCCCCACACAUACUGUGAGCACAUAGGUAUUGCCAGGCUUGCCUGUGCAGAUAUUUCCAUCAAUAUCUGGUAUGGCUUUGCGGUGCCUAUAAUGACUGUCACUUCAGAUCUGGUCCUCAUUGGAAUCUCCUAUGUUCUCAUCCUUCGUGCUGUUUUUAAUCUUCCAUCCCAGGAUGCCCGACAGAAAGCCCUCAGCACAUGUGGCUGCCAUGUUUGUGUCAUUCUUAUAUUCUACACACCAGCAAUAUUCUCUGUGCUUGCACAUCGUUUUGGUCACAAUAUUCCUCACUCUUUCCAUAUACUUUUUGCUAACCUUUAUGUGUCCAUCCCUCCAGCAACCAAUCCAAUCAUAUACGGGGUGAAGACCAAGCAGAUUCAGGACAAAAUCAAACUACUCUUCUCCUCUAAAGGGAUGACAAAAGGCUAA